AUGGAGAUGAGGUGGCAGGUCACUGUGCUUGUGGCUGCUUGCAUGAUACUGCUGGUGGCCGAGGCCGCCUUUUCGCCGGCUGGGGAUAUGGGGUACCAGCAGCGGCGCCCGAUCGUGCACCGCACCACCACGGUCCAUCGCCACGCCGGCUCCGCACCGACGGAGCUCAAGGGCCUCUCCCAGAAGGUCUACCAGUUCACCCAGAAAGUGGACCACUUCGACCCGCUGAACGGCAAGACCUACCAGCAGAAGUACAUCGUCACCGACGACAAUUACGUGCCCGGCGGUCCCAUCUUCUUGUUCCUGGGCGGUGAGGCCCCGGUUGAGUUCUUCGACUUCCAGACAGUCCUGCCGCGCUCCCUCACGAAGCAGUUCGGUGCCCUCUACAUUGCGUUGGAGCACCGGUUCUAUGGCGUGAGCAUGCCGGCUCAUGACUACUCGACCGCCAGCCUCGCCCUGCUCUCCUCCAGGCAGGCGCUGGCUGAUGCGGCCAACUUCCUCGUUUCGUUCAACAAGACCCUGACCAACCCCGGUCCGUGGGUCGUGUGGGGCUGCUCGUACUCGGGUGCCCUCUCGGCUUGGUUCAGGGCCAAGUACCCCAAUCUGGUGGUGGGCAGUGUGGCGCCGAGCGGCCCCGUUUACGCCUCGCUCAACUUCACCCAGUACUACGGCGUCUUCUCCACCGCUGCCUCUCCGCAGUGCGUGGAGACCGUCAAGCGCGCGACCGCCAUGCUCAUGGCCAAGCUCUCCACCGCCGACGGCCGAAAGGAACUCACCGAGAUCUCAGCGAGCCCGCAAGAGCACUACUACUUCCUGCUCACCCUCACCGAAGCCAUCGGCGGCUCCGACCAGUUCCAGAACCCUCCCGCAUGGCCCCUCAACACGACCUGCAACACGAUGAUGCAGUCCGGUGAUCUGCUGGCCAACUGGGCUCAGGUUGUCAACCAGGCGAACGGCCCCAAGGCGCCCAACGCGUGCAAUGACUUCAACGAGGAGACCUCGUACCUCAAGCCCCUCCGCCAGCCCACCAGCUCGGACAGGUCGUGGCUCUUCCAGCAGUGCACCGAGUUCGGUUUCUUCAUGCCCACCUACCCGGGCACCAGCGUCUUCCCCCUCAUGGACCUGGAGCACCAGGUCAAGUGGUGCCAGAACGUCUUUGGCGUGAGCGGCAUGACCCCCAACACCGAAGGCACCAACGCGUACUACGGAGGCUACGACCUGCGCGGUAGCAACAUCCUCUUCACCAACGGCGAUGCCGACCCCUGGCACACCCUGUCGAUCACCAAGGACCUCCCCGCCCCCGCUGGCGUGCGUGCCGUCACCUACGCCGCAGGUCACUGCGCGCCGAUGACUCAGCCGACGAGCCAGGACCCUGUUUCUCUCCAGCACGCCCGCGUGGUGGUCGCCAACUUCAUCGCCUCGCUCGUCCAGCCCUGA